AUGGAGGUUAUAUUUAAAGUGAAAGCGACCAGAAGAAGAGAAGGGUCUGGAAAUACUGAAGAAAAUAUAAAUAAUCUCUUGGAAUUAGCAAUCAAAUGGAAUUGUUUUGAAGGUGUUAAAGAUAUACUUGAAGAAAAACAAUAUGAUUACAAAUUAACAAAAAAUCGACAGUAUUUAUUUGGUGAAUCACCCGAAUACUAUUCUCAGCUCGAUGAUAUUUAUUCCAGGUGGAUUGGUGCAUACGUAUUUCCCAUCUGUGAUAAAAAUCCAUCGGUUGGGGAACGUUUGAAGUUGCUGUUUGUCCUCGUCUUGAAUAAAUUAAGAAUCUCAGUUUGUGCUUCAUGUACUGACACUAAAUCAUCGAAUGAAACAUCUGCAAGUGUAUCUGGAGCAAUCAAUGCAAAUCCGACUGUUAGCCUUCUCAUAUAUAAAAGUGUUUGCAAAUAUUAUCAACAACAUAUGUUAAGAGAUUUAUUUUUAUGGUCAGUGUUAACAAAUAGAACGGAAAUGUCUAAAGUAUUUCUACUUCAUAUUGAAUCACGUAUUUCUGCCGCAUUAGUUGCAACGGCAAUAUUAAAAAAUUUGUCACAUAAAACAUUGAAAGUAGAUGAAAAACAUGAAUAUAAACGACAAUCAAUUGAUUUUGAACUAUAUGCAACAAAGUGUAUUGAUGAAUGUUAUAAACAUAGUGAAGAAAAAGCAUGUGAAUUAAUUAUUCGUGAAGUACCGCUAUUUGGAGAUGUUACUUGUAUGCAGUUUGCAUACGUUUGGUUUUUACUCGUAUUCAGUUAUAUGAUGUUAUAUGAUUUUGAUUCGACAUAUGACCCAAAUAGUAUACCAUAUUGGCAACCAAUUUAUGUUACACUUACGGUAUCAUCCAUGUUAUGUGAAGAACUACUCAGAAUUGGAUAUUAUCAAUAUACAAGAUCAGUAGAAUAUCGUUCUGAUAACUGGGUAUCUGGCUUGUUACGUAAAUGCUUUUAUGCAUUACCGUAUGUGUUAUUUUAUGUCGGUAUUUUUUUGAAAUACGAAUAUGGGAAUAGACCAAAUUGUUUAACAGCAGCGAGGAUUAUACUCGCAUUUGAUCUUGAAUUAUGGUUUCUAUUAUCAUUAAGAUUUCUUAGCGCUAUCAAAAUACUAGGGCCAAAAUUGUUUAUGAUACAAAAUAUGCUUCGUGAUUUACUUGGUUUUCUUUGGGUUAUGUUUGUUUUUGUUGCUGCUUAUGGUGUUGUUUCUCGAGCGAUGAUCAAGUAUAAUCAAGUUGAAUUUAAUUUGUUGAGUAUACUUGGUGAAAUGUUUUAUCCUGCCUACUGGUUUUUAUAUUCCAUUGUUGAUGACGAUAAGAAUGAAUUAGACAAUAUUAUUGGGUCAGCUAAUAGUAGUGCAAAUGCAAUAGCCGAGGCAACUGCUACUCAUGUUUUGCUUGCUUUUCAUAUGUUAAUCAUCAACAUUCUUGUAUUAAAUCUUGCAGUUUUCGCAUCAACAAUCAAUAGAGUUCAAAAUAAUAUUGAAUAUUUUUGGCGUUAUCAACGUUAUUUAUUUAUCCAAGAAUACUUUGAAUGUGCCGUACCGUAUCCACCAUUAAAUUUAAUAUUAUAUUUAUAUUUAUUUUGCCACUAUUUGUUAACAACACCAUUAUGUUUGAAAAACAAUAAAGUAGCUAAUAUAAAGCUAAAAAAGGCUGAAAAAGAAAAAAAAUUCAAACUCAGAAGGAUUUUUAAAAUAAGUACAACACCAGAGAAAGAAGUUAACUGGACCAAAUUUGAAAAUGCAGCAACUUACACAUAUGCACGAAGCGUCGUUAAUAAAAAGAAAAAUAUGAAGCGAACGAAAAUUUAA